GCAUCGGCUAGCUGUGAUGGAUCUGUCAGAGUGUGGAAAAUUUCAGAACAGAAUUGUGAGAUAAGCUGGCCGCUGCUGCAAAAAUGUAAUGAUGUGAUAAAUGCAAAAUCCCUAUGUAGACUGUCCUGGCAACCGAAAAUCGGAAAGCUGCUAGCCAUUCCAGUAGAAAAAAUAAUCAAAGUAUAUAGAAGAGAAACAUGGGAUCAUGAACUGGAUCUAUCAGAUAAUUUUAUCACACAGCCCCUAAAUAUUGUGGCCUGGUCUCCUUGUGGACAAUAUUUGGCAGCUGGAAGUAUCGGUGGCUAUAUAGUCAUUUGGAAAGUGGAAACACAAGAAUGCCUGGAAAGGGUGAAACACGAUAAAGGUUACACUGUCUGUGGUCUGGCAUGGCAUCCCAAAGGUGGCCAGCUUGCUUAUACAGAUACAGAAGGCAAUCUUGGACUACUUGAGAAUGUCUGUGAUAUAGAAAGGAAGAAAUCAAUACAUAAGGCACCUAAUGCUUCCAGCAAAAGCUAUGAUGACCUUUUUGAUGAGGAUGCCAAAGAGGACUUUCUGAAUAGGGAUUUCAGUGAGGAUGACUGGGGCUCUAAGGCAGCAACAAACGAUGAAGAUGAAGAUGACUUUAAGAUAAUGUCGGGACGUCCCAGAAACCGAGGCGCAAUAAUAGAAGAUGAUGAGAACUCCCUAGAUACUGGAUUGCUGAAAGCUAAUUCUGACCUCGAUAAGGAAGAUGAAGAGGAUGAUUUGGACAAUUUUGUUCCAGUUCAGCCGCUGCCAUCCGACCAGAGGCCACUCUACAGUGGGCCAUUGCCAACUCCUCGGCAAAAGCCAUUCCAGUCUGGUUCUACCCCAACACAUCUCACUCACCGCUUCAUGGUAUGGAACUCUGUGGGUAUUAUUCGCUGCUAUAAUGAUGAACAAGACAAUGCUAUUGAUGUCGAAUUCCAUGAUACCGCAAUACAUCAUGCAAUGCAUUUGCCAAAUAAUUUGAAUCAUACAAUGGCAGACCUUUCCAGUGAAGCUAUUUUAUUGGCCAGUGACAGCACAGAGGAACUAGCAAGCAAGCUUCAUUGCAUUCAUUUCAAUUCCUGGGAUCCUAACAAGGAAUGGACUGUUGAUAUGCUGCAGGAUGAAGACAUUGAAGCUGUUUGUUUGGGCCAGGGCUGGGCUGCAUGUGCCACUAGUUCUCUUCUGCUUCGUGUGUUCACCAUUGGUGGAGUUCAGAAAGAGAUUUUCAGUUUUCCUGGACCUGUGGUGUCGAUGGCAGGACAUGGAGAGCAGCUGCUGGUGGUCUUUCACAAAGGCACUGGAUUUGAAGGGGAUCAAUGUCUUGGAAUUCAGCUUCUAGAACUUGGGAAAAAGAAAAGACAGAUUUUACAUGGUGAAUCACUUCCUCUUUCCAGGAAAUCCUAUUUAGCAUGGAUAGGAUUUUCAGCAGAAGGUACUCCCUGUUUUGUGGAUUCUGAGGGUAUUGUACGAAUGCUGAACAGAAGGCACGGUAAUAUUUGGACCCCAGUCUGUAAUACAAGAGAGCACUGUAAAGGGAAGUCAGACCACUACUGGAUUGUUGGCAUUCAUGAGAACCCUCAGCAGCUCAGAUGCAUUCUUUGUAAAGGAGCUCGUUUUCCAGCUACGCUUCCCCGUCCUGCGAUAAUAGUGCUGCCAUUUAAGCUCCCUUUUUGUCAAACUGCAACAGAUAAGGGUCAAAUGGAGGAGCAAUUCUGGCGCUCAGUCUUGUUCCACAACUAUGUAGACUAUUUAUCUCAAAAUGGAUAUGAAUAUGAUGAAAGUGUGAAAGGCCAAGCAGUCCAAGAACAGCAGAAUCUCCUGAUGAAAAUGUUUGCAUUAUCUUGCACACUGGAACGUGAAUUUCGCUGCAUGGAGCUUGCUGAACUCAUGACACAAAAUGCCACGAGCUUAGCUAUCAAAUACGCCUCUCGCUCACGGAGGCUGAUUCUUGCCCAGAAGCUCAGUGAAUUUGCUGCGGAGAAGGUCUCAGAGCCGGCAUCUACUGAAGA